UGUCUGUGCUAUUGAUAUUCCACCUAAUAUUCGUCGUCGCUGGGAAUUUUAUCAAUGUUAACGCGAUGAAUAUAUAUUUUAUCAACACGAACCAAUGAUUCAAUUACAAUAGAGCUUCGAAAGACAGAGACAACCGCUUCCCUUGAUGGUUUAUUGAUCCUCGCCCCUAUGGCUUGUCAUAUCGCUGUACUCUAUUGAUGGAAUAUAAUAAUACCGUGAUUACGAUGAUUGAUAGGUUCAGAUACAGCCACUAGGAUAAUCCACGUUAAGUGGCGAAUGCGUGCCGCGUGCUGCUGAUAGAAUAAUCUCGUUAAAGCUGGAUUUUAACUUAAUCUCUCGAGGGGUUUUAACCUGUGACUGCAACGCAGACAUUUCGUCGUCGAAUUAUGUACAUAUUUGGAAAAAUCGUAUUUGAACGUUUCUCUAAAUUAUAAAGAUGAACGAAAGAUAUUAAAACAGACAAAUAAAGGAGGAAAAUUCAGAAAAAUCUACCAAAAAUAGCUCAAAUAAUUACAGAGUUAGAAUCUCGCUCUCAAUUCUCUUGCUGCCCUCGUUUUAAUCGAGUUAUUGACAUUGACGCGAGAUCAUUAAUAUUACGUUAAUCACGGUUGCGUAUCAAUAUCGAUUACUCAAGCAAGCGUCGCUGGUUGGAAAUUUCUUCGUCAUGGUUUCUCGAAUUCUUUCGUCCCCCGGCAAUCGUGCGUGAAAUAUCUGGUUUACACAGAAUCUCGGUAUCAAUUACUCAACAACGAUAUUUCUACGAUCGUUUCGACCAACGACUGCCGUUCGCGACAAUUCUAUUUUUACGAGACAUAAAUUAUAUAUCAUUUUCAUCUGUUUUUUUUAUUUACCUAUAUCUUUCUUUCUUUUACGUUAAUUUGCGUAUUAUUCCAUUAAUUCCAUAAUUAGUGAAAAUAAAAUCGUGUGGAAUUUUUUGGAGUGUUUAAUAAAUUUAAAUGAAAUUUAUCAUUUGACAAAUCUUUUACACAGAAAAACUAUGCGAUAACAUUCGCACAGAAAAAUUGCCAGCCGAAAACGAUUGCUGAUAACAACUACUGUAGCAUAAUAAUAAAGCAAUAAUUUAUUGCACAAACCUAUACUGUAUUAUAAGAACGGAAAAAAUAUUUGUACUUGUACUUGUCCAUAUCAGAAUUGAAUUGCACGCUGAUCAGUCAGGUCCCAUGGCUUGCGCCAUUUUCAUUGGUAGCAGGCCACGAAUAAUCAGUGGAAAAUGAUUCCAUCGUAAUGAACUUGUCCCAAUUAGGCUGUGGACGCUCGUUAGAAAUGAUUGUUCGAGCACUGGGUGUCAUUGUUCUGCGUUUCGCAAAGUAUAAUUGCCCGAGGGCUUAUUAAGAACUCGGGCGUAGCUAUACGUGAUGGAAUCUCGCAGAAUUUGCAUCGAACGCCACGUUCGACGAUCUCUCGAUUCGUUAUUGACCAUAAGCGCCGCGUAAAAUUAGCAAACAGAGAAAUUUGGUCCCAUGCAAGAUGGAUAAAGUGGACUAAUUGGUUCUGUAUUGCGCAAGGAAGUGGAUAAUUAUAUUUACGCGUAAAUUGUUACUACCGAAGCAAAGCUUACCCUAAAACACAAGUAAAUCGGUCGUUUUUCAAUUUUUCGUACUUCUCCGUCGAGUCACCUUUUUGUAAACUAUGAAAAUGCAACACCAACUACUUAAAAUAUCCCGAGAAAGCCAAAAUCCAUUCGAUGAAGCAACGUUCGCCUCAAAAUCCAAGCAAAUCCGUCGUUCUUCGAUUCUUCAUAUUUUUCCAUCGAGCGAGCCCUGUAUAAAUCGCGAGAACCAACCCCAAUUAAUACAAAAUUCCAUUUGAUUUCAUCAAUCCUGACCGAUGCAAAGUUUCCAUACGACCAACCCUGGCCAACAUAAAUUUUCAAUUUAACCAGCCCUAGUCGGGCAAAAUUCUCAACAGACCAACCCUAAUUUCUCUUUCGAUCGCUAUGGAUCUCUCCGGUGAGAAAUUGACGCAACAAAUCUUAUCCCAUCCAUUUCUUCUAUCGCUGUUGAUUUCUUCUGCCGAUCUCUGUAUCGGUUCGCUGUCGAUCGAUCGCACGACUCUCUUUUCCCGCGUUGCCAAACAGAAAUGUCUCUCCCCACCCAUUAUUAUGUGAAAAUCAAGCGGAACGCGUGCGUGUGCGCGCGCGGAUAUUUCACGUACACCGGCGUGUCCGCUUGUUUAGCUGUUCUAAGUGGGCGCCCGUAUUGUUCCACGACUAUAUAAGGUGUACCACGGACCGUUCGACCAGCAGAAAAGCAUCAGGUCGUGGAUCAUGGCUAACAUGAGGCUCCUCCUUCCUUUCUCGUGUCUCGUCCUCUCGGCGUCCGCCACUCCAGGCUACACAGCCUACGGGGCAGCGUACCACGGUCCUCCAGCACCCCUGGCUCACGAUGGAAGGGUGGUCGACACACCGGAAGUGGCUCACGCCAAGGCAGCUCACCUAGCAGCUCACGCAGCCGAAGCUGCCAAAGCUGCUCCACUCGGCUACGGCGAUUAUUCCGAUGGAAAAUACGAAGACUACAGCGGCAACUACGUAGCAGCGACUCAGAACAUCUACCACGGUCCGCCCGCGCCCUUGGCUCACGACGGAAGAGUAAUCGACACACCGGAAGUGGCGCACGCCAAGGCUGCGCAUUUGGCAGCUCACGCUGAACAAAUUUCGAAGAUCGCUCACCUCGCUUACGCUGACCCUUAUCCGCAAUCGCAUUGGUGAUAAUGGGAAAUGAGUCGCUAUACUCGGCGCCACUGAUGACAGAAUCGUUGAAAUUUUUUGGAGAAACAGCAAGGGAUGGGAGAAAUUUGAAAAAGAGGGAAAAUUGUCAAAUAUUUGUAAUAUGUCGUUUUUUUUUGACAAAGUCGUGGAUUAAUUGGUAUUUCUGGGUUUUACUUUACUCUCUGUUGUCGGUGUGCAUUUUUCGGAGUUCUGUUGAUGGAAUUGUUUAUAAUAGUCCAAUUUUUCUAACCUCGUAAAGGGGUUGUGUAUCAUAUAAUGGAAGGGAGGGUUCUUUUGUAAGGUAGAUGUAGAUCGUGCAUCGCAAGGAGGAUGUUUUGUUAUGUUGGUGAAAUAUUUUCAUUAAAGAUUGCAAGUAUUUAACGGA